AUGUCCAACGAACAAAACCCCGGACUCCUCGGCGGCCUAGGCGAUACCUUGGGCAAGACAGUCGGCGGCGUGACAAACACAGUAGGCAGCACAGUCGGCGGCCUCGGCUCAACCGUGGGCGACGCAACAUCCGGCCUGGGGCAGACCGUCUCGGGCGCGACGGAGGGGGUCGGUAAUACAACGAAGGGCGCCGGACAGGGCGUGCAAAGCGGUGUUUCUAGUCUUGGUGGGCAGAAGCAGACUGGAGAUAAGCAAAGCGGUGUUUCUAGUGUUGGGGGACAGAAGCAGACUGGAGAUAACCCGCUUGGGCUGAACAAAUAG